AUGUAGUCACCACCUCGACCAGAACUGUUUGAUUUCCAUGGAGUCUCAUUGACCCACUAUUUCACAGACAACUGGGAAAACAUUCAAAAGUUCCAGGCCAGGCCAGAUGAUAUACUUAUUGCAACCUACCCCAAAGCAGGAACCACAUGGGUCUCCUACAUCCUCGACCUGCUGUAUUUUGGUCAGACAGAGCGUCAGACAUCUGUCCCGAUCUAUGAGAGAGUGCCUUUCUUGGAGAUCCUCUUCCCGUCUGUUGGUUCAGGAACAGACCUGGCAGAGAACCUCCCCACCUCUCCUCGGCUCAUUAAGACUCAUUUCCCAAUCCAGUUUGUGCCGAAGUCCUUUUUGGAGCAGAACUGCAAGAUCAUCUAUGUGGCCCGCAAUGCCAAAGACAACAUGGUGUCUUUUUUUCACUUUGAUCGCAUGAACAUGGCUCAGCCAGAACCUGGAGACUGGAGCAGCUACUUCCAGAGAUUCUUGGACGGAAAGAUGCUGUAUGGAUCCUGGUACGACCAUGUGAACGGCUGGUGGAAGAAGAAACAGACUUAUUCCAAUCUUCACUACAUGUUCUAUGAAGAUAUGAUUGAGGAUACUGGACGGGAAAUCGACAAACUCUGCAGCUUUCUCGGUUUGUCUUGUUCAGAUGAGGAGAAGAAACGAGUUACAGGUGGAGUGCAGUUUGAUAAUAUGAAGAAGGACAAGAUGGCCAACUAUUCUACAUUGGAGGUUUUGGACUUCAAAGUUUCUCACUUCAUGAGAAAAGGGAAAGUUGGUGACUGGAAAAACCAUUUCACUGUGGCCCAGAACGAGAAGUUUGAUGAAGACUACAAGAAAAAGAUGACGGACACCACUCUUCAGUUCCGCGAUGAAGUUUGAAGAAGACUGAACAAGCUGUGUACAUUCCUGACUGGACAUGUGCCAAUUCACUCAGGAGAGACCAGAGAAUGAAGCAAAGAUCAUAAUAUACACUACUGGUCAAAAGUUUUAGAAAACACCAACUUUUCCAGAAUUGAAUUGAAAAUGAUGCAGUUUAAUGUCUCAGUGUACUCUGAAAUUAAUGCACAUUUGCAACAUUUAAAAUUCUUUAUUGAGCAUGAUAGUGUUUUGAAAGUAAAAAAAAGAUUCAAAAUCACAUUUCAUGUUGGACUAAAGGACUAAAAAAAAGACACAAAAUGACCAAAAAAAGAAACAAAAUGACCAAAGAAAGACACAGAAUGACUUACAAAGACAUGAAAAGAAUUCAAAAAUGGACAAAAUAGCCCAAGACUCCAUAGAGUUAAGUUGUUAACCCAUUUCUUGUUCCCUGAAAAAGGCCUACUUGUAUAAUCCUGAAAUGUACAUUAUUUUUCAGUUUUGGUUAACCUUACCUUUUUAUAUUUACCUCUGGCAGUUCACCACUUACCUUUGUACCCUUUCAAGCUGUUCAUUUGACUUGAACUGCUUGGAUUUUAAUAAAAAACUGGAAAAAUUGGGUUGUUCUAAAACUUUUGACCGGUAGUGUAUAUUUAUUAAAUAAAAAUAUAAACGAUGAUGUGAUUUCACGGAUAACGUGAGCUUAAAAA